AUGUCAGCUAGACAGGCUGCUGGUGAAGACAGCUCGUCGGAUGCCUCGUCAGAUGUCCCCAGCAUCAGGAUGACACGCAUUGAAGCUAUGGCGAACCUACGAGCCGCUGAAGAAGCCAGAUCUCCACAUAAUUCGAACCUCAGCAGCCGACUUGCUGGUGCCGCUGCGGAUUUGGAUUUAAGCAGAGCGAGGACAGCACGAAUAGAGCAAGACAUCCAGACACUGCUAGAUGGAGCCUCAAGGGGACACACCAGCCAGACGCCAGGAUCCUCAGCAACCAACAACAUUCAUCCACAACCUACGCAGUCUGCGGCUCGAGGUCCUAUCAUUGGGAGAACCAUAUACCCGGAUCCGCCGCGAAACACCACCGAACCUAUCGCCCCAGCACGCGAUAUCGCGCCGAGUAGAUUAGCACGAGCCCGUCGUGUCGCAUUGCUGGCCGGUCGUGGCGACGAUGUCCCAGAAGAAGAGAUCGCUGAGUAUUAUGGCUUUCCUGGUCUGACUCAGCUGCACGAUGAGCCCGCUCUUGCACGCAUGUCGAACUUGGCGCGCCUGCGCGUUCGCGCUCAAGCUGCUGCUGAGCUGGCCACUGUGGACAUGAUGAAUGAACAGGAUGAGGAGAUUCGUAACUUGUUUUGGCCUGGAAGGCAAGCCAAUGACAACAAUUGA